AUGUCUGUUUUCAAGGCAUCACUCCUGUUCCUUCUUUCUUCGUCACUCGUCCACGGGGUUCCACACUCCAGCAGGGCAUCUCGAAGCCAACAAUGCGUGGUUCCGUCUAAAUUCCAGGCAUCAAAUGGAACGGCUGAUGACUCGUCUGCCAUCUCCCAGGCUUUUGCACAAUGCGCAACUGACUCAAUUAUCCUCUUCGAGGAGGGUGUGAAUUAUAAUGUCUUCCAACCGAUCACUGCCACCAACCUCAGUAAUGUGGAGAUCCGGAUGCAUGGCAAUCUGCAUCUGCCACAGAACAUCACUGCGGUGCAGAAUAUCGUCAGUGACGGUAGCUCUACAUGGUUCACCUUGGAAGGGCCCAAGGUGGACUGGACUGGUCCCGAAGACGUGAAUAAUGGCUGGAUCGACUCGUAUGGACAGCCCUGGUGGGAUGCGAACCCUGCAGGUAGUUCAGGCAUCGACAAUCGUCCGCAUCUCAUGAGCUUCAAGACUAGUCAAGCGACCUUGAAAUACUUCAGGUCCAGGAAGCCUAUCGCCUGGAAUGUCAAGCUGCAUGGACAAGACAUUACAGUUAGCCAUGCCAUCAUCGAUGCUACCUCGACAGGUAGCUUUCCUUUCAACACAGAUGGCUUCGAUGUGGAGGGUACCAAUAUCCAGAUUACCGACAGUAUCAUGUACAACGGCGACGACGCGAUUGCAGUAGGCGCGGACUCGCACGAUAUACUCUUCACAAGAAACACCAUCGGCUACCAGACCCAUGGCAUGAGCAUCGGAUCACUGGGGAAAGAUCCCACAGACUUUGCCAACAUCAGCAACAUCCGCUUUGACGAUGUGACUGUUGUCGAUGGCCUCUACGCCGCACGCUUCAAGUCAUGGAGCGGAGGUACCGGACUCGUCAAGAAUGUGACUUGGAAUAACAUUAGAGUCUUCAACGUGACGUUCCCUAUCUUUGUCACUCAAAGCUAUAGCGACCAAGGCGCCUCCCGGUCCGGGACUGUCAAUGCCAGUUCAGCUGUGAUGAUGGAGGAUUUCACCUGGUCUGGCUUUUCAGGCUCGAUCAAUACGUAUCAGCCUGGCGACGGCUCUUGCGUCUCCGACCCUUGCUGGUACAACGUUGGGCUGCCAAAUUUGAAGCACACGGAGGCCCUCAUUAUCGAGUGUCAUACAGGGCAGUCUUGUAAGAACUUCGUGACGGACAACAUUCAGCUAUACCCGCAAGAUCUGGAACCGGCAAGUGUGAUCUGCAUGAACGCAACGGCAGCCCUCAACCCUGAUCUCGGGUUUACCUGUAAAAACGGGACCUACAGCCCGCUAUCGACUUGA